CACCAGCCCAGGAUACUGUGAUUCGCUGCUCGCUUCACCAUGGCAGGGAGCGCUCUGGUGACCACAGGUUUUUUCUUCAUUCUGUGCCUUGUUGGUUCAUGUUCUAGUAAUGAAGAUCUAGAUCAACGUUCAGACACAUGGGCGACCAUUCUGUAUGCAGUGAAAAAUGAUUUCACUGCCAUAGCUGGGGCCCCACCCAGAUCCAUCAUGGAUAACUAUGAGUGCAGAGCGCGACAUCUUGGAAAAAUAAGCAACGUCAGACUCAUUGCAUUCAGUCCUAAUCGAAGACUCUAUGCUGUCCGGGGCGGAGAACUCUACGUAGGGAAUAUGCAAUCUUCUGCAACCCAGGACUGGUUUAGAUGUGCCACCCGGGUUGGGAGAUGUGGUUGGAACCAAUUCAAAUUUCUAUUCUUCCACCCCAAUGGGCUCCUCUAUGCAGUCACCUUCAGCGGGGAGCUUUAUAGGGGCCCACCACCAACCAAUCAAUGUCAGUCCUGGAGAAGAACAGCUACCAAAAUCGGGAACUUCGGCUGGAACAAUUUUGAAGCUCUGUUUUUUGACCCAAGAGGCAUUCUGUACGCAGUUACCAGUAACGACUGCCUUGUCAGGAGAUCUCCACCGACAGGGGCAAAUGACAGAUGGCUUUCCUCCAGUACCACAGUCGGGAGAGGUGGUUGGCUCGUCCUCACCCAUUUCAUUAGCUUUAGCCCAGAUGGAAACCUGUGGGCCAUUGAUAAGAGAAAUGGGUUUAUUUACAGUGGGAGGGCCCCACAGAACCCAUGUGUCAGUUAUCUGGGUAAUGCCAAACGGAUGGGCAGCAGCUAUAACAGGUUCAGUCUACUUGCCUUCACUACAGGGUCUGUUGUACAAAAAAUCCAGAGUUUCCAGUUCUUCCCAGAAUCAGGAGAAAUAACGGAGCAGAGCAGGGAACUUCUGAAGAAAGAAAUCUAUGACAACCGGGAGGGCAGCGAUCAACUAAACCGCACAUUCACAUUGGAUCAAACCAUGGAAGAGAAGAGCGCGUUUAGGCUCAGUACUGGAGCACAAUAUGAGGGUGACGUCAGGUUUACAGAUGGAAUCCCGUUUAUUGCUACAGGAGGGGAGAAGGUAUCCAUUGAUAAGAGCACCCCACAUUACUGGAACUUCACAGACACCAACGAGAGACAGAUUACAUUCUCCCUGCACAAAAGCUUCCAAAUAAAAGCUGGAAAAGAAUUACACGUUGUCGCCUCGGUCCAGAAAGCCACUGUAGAAGUUCCAUACCGCGCAGAAGUCAUCACCGACAGUGGCUCAAAGGCUACCAUCCAGGGCACCUGGCAAGGAGUUACCUACUAUAAUCUGAUGGUGGAUCAAGAGGAGUACGACGGAGGAACCCGCAUGUGAUUUCAUGUCUCCUGGGGUAUCAGGGGCAAAUUCCACAGGGGGUGCAACUUUCUGUCUGGUGGGAUAAUGGGUCAGUCCGGCAGAAGCUGCGCAAUGAUUUACUCUGUCGGGCGGGAGAAGAUGGUGUUUGAGCAAAUGAUUCCCAGCAGAUAAUGCUUAUGUUAGUCGUUCUAAGAGCAAUAUACACUUAAAUAAAGGCUUUGAUCUUCUGCAACUGCUCUUCCAAUAAAAUGUUUUGUGCCAUAAAGAGAA